AUGGCCGUGCCGCCCACCCUGCCCGCCACGCGGACGGCCCUGGUGAUCGACCGCGAGACGCCGCCGGGCCAGUUCCGGGUCGCCAAGCUGCCGAUGCCGGAGUGCGGGGACGACGAGCUGCUCGUGGAGGUGCACGCCUGCGGCAUCAACGCCCUGGACUGGUUCAUCUCCGGCGCCAUCCAGCGCGUGCCCGCCUUCAUGCGUCAGGACCCCGGCUACGUCCCCGGCAAGGACAUCUCGGGCGUCGUCAUCGCCGUGGGAUCCCGGGCGGCGGGCUACAGGCCCGGCGACGCGAUCUUUGGGCUGACCGGCCUGACGCUGGGGCCCGGGAUGGUGACGCAGCUGGGCGGCGACGGCUCGUCGAGGGGCGGCUUUGCGAGCCACACGACCAUCAAGGCGGCCGUCGCGGCGCCCAAGCCGGCGUCCCUCACGCACGUGCAGGCGGCAGGGAUACCAUUGGCGGGACUGACCGCAUGGAAGGCGGUCGUUGAGACCGCCAAACUGCGGGAAGGGGGCAAGGUGCUGAUCCUGGGAGGUGCAGGCGGCGUGGGAACGCUGGCAACCCAGCUCGCCAAGAGGUACUGCAAGGCCGGCACGGUGGCCGUCACCUGCAGCGCAGCUUCCAAGGAGCUGGCCAGCAGCUGCGGCGCGGACCUGGCCAUCGAUUACAAAUCCGAAAACUUCGAGGAAGUCCUCAAGGGCGGCGACUUCGACUCUGUCAUCGACGCCGUGGGCACCAACGACAAAUUUCAGCGCGCGGCCGCGGUGCUUAAGCCCGACUCCGGCAUGCUCGUGGACCUUGUGGGGCCGCCGAGCAUUGGCUACCUGGGCACCAACAAGGACUCCCUGCUGAAGUUCGCCCUGCAGGGGUUUAAGUACGGGGCGUCCGUGCGGCACCAGAUCGUGGGCGUGGAGGCCAACGGGCCGGCCUUAAGGACCAUGGGCCGGCUUUUGGAGGAGGGGACACUUAAGCCCGUGGUGGACCGCGUGUUUCAGGGGCUGUCAGAGGUGCAGGCGGCUUUGGACUACAACAAGAGCGGUGCGGCGCACGGCAAGUUGGUCGUGUCGCUGAAGGAGUGA